UAGUCGAUCUCCCGUUCCCCUCGCCCCCCACUCCCCCGUCGUCUCUCUCGCGAGUUUGCCCACCGCCGCCGCCGCCGAGCAGCGCCGAUCUCCUUUCCAUCCCUCGAGCAGGGGGGCGCCGGCGUCCUGCCUCUGCUGCCGCUGCCGCCGCCGCCGCCUCCAUCCUUGCCGGGAUUUCCAGCAACUAUGGUGAUUCCUCCACCAGAAAGGGCAGCUAGGAUCACGCGGUUUCUGAAGCCAUAUCUGCUGAGGAUGCAUUUCUCAAACAAGUAUGUAUCUGCCCAGGUCAUUCACACCCCAACAGCGACGGUUGCAUGUUCUGCGAGCUCACAGGAGAAGCUGCUGAGGCCGAACAUGGAGUCGACUCGCGACGUCGCCGCCGCUGCCAAGAUCGGGAAGCUGCUCGGCGAGCGGCUGCUGCAGAAGGGCAUACCUGCAGUGUCCAUCCACAUGAAGAGAGAGCAGAAGUACCACGGGAAAGUGAAGGCUGUUAUAGACCAGGUAAGAGAAGCUGGAGUCAAGCUGUUGUAAGUCUUCUUGAAAAAACAUAGAUCUUGAUUAGAGUUUCCGCGGUCCUGUUCUGAAUCUCAGGCCAAUUUGGAAAGAAAAAAAUGUCAGGCAGGGAAUUUUCAUUUCAGUAAUCAUGGCAUCGAUAAACUUGUUCCUGUUGAAUAAAGUGGGUUUUGUGCUGUAGAAUGCCACUCCAAUGGGACAAAGAAA